AUGACGGCGUUCUCGAUAGCGAUUUCGAUCUAUGUGCUGACUGUCAUUACUGGCUUGUUUGGGAACAUUUGGGUAGUAUGCUCAAUAGCACGAAGUCGAAAGCCAAGGGGCUUGCUACGGAACAGUUCCCCAUCAGAUCGUCUGCGAGCGUACAUAUCAGUUCUAGCCAUUGUCGAUCUCACCGUACUAAUGGUUCUCUUGGUUCGCACAAUCUAUCUUUCCUUGCCAGAACUCCUCCUAGACACAAACAGUUGCCGAGCGAUGUUUGUUAUCGAGCAGACGGUGAAAUUGGCUUCACUUACGCUAUUGUCCUGUAUCAGUAUAGAGCGAUAUAUCACUAUUAGGAAGCCAUUCUGUAGUCAGCUUAGAAAGCGUUUUGUGCGACUAACACCGAUCGCUGCACUUGCCCUACUUUGCCUCGUCGUUAUGGCAAUACUUGUGCAGAUGCAAUCGGUGGCAACGACGAGUGACAGUCUGAACUGCGUGCGUAUGUACCGAGGGCGGACAUUGCCUCGACUUGGCGCCUACUUAACCGCCAUGGCUUUUCUAUCGAAUCUCACAACGAUCUCAGUCAAUUACGGUCAGAUUGUACGACAUGUGAAAAGGAAAUUCACCAAGAGGAAAGCAAGAGUAGUGGCUCAUUCUCGCGCUAGAGAAUCUAUCGUAUCGGAGCCUCGCUAUAUGAAGGAGAUGACCAAUGCUAUCAUUCGGGUGUUCAUCUUCCAUGUGAUCUGCUGGCUGCCCUCCUGCCUAAUUCAAUUUCUCCCCGAUAUGAGCCUUGUCUCAGAAUUGCUCACCACUGUUCGAUUUUUCAGGAAUUUUACAGAUUUUAGAACCCUGCGAUGGGCAAUAUUUUUUGCAAAUUGGCUAACAUAUGCAAACGCUGCUGGAAAUUGGAUAUUCUAUGCAGCAAUGAAUAGGGAACUGCGAAGUCUUAUAAGAUUUGCAACAGAAAGGCGAAAACGAUCGACAAUGUCACACACCGCCUCACCGUCGAAUAUGCACAAGAAUCUAAGACAACAGGUGUCCGCUUCGAUGCGGGUUUUGCAAUCACUGUCAUAUCGUAGCAGUAUAGGAGGCUCCCUGGACGAGGUCGUUCCCCCUUCCAUAUUGCAGCAAUCGCCCAAAUCAUCUACAUUUAGUCAAGAGCAGAACAACAGUCCGAGCAUCGUUCGACAAAAGACAAACAAUGCGUCGUCUCUCGACAUCUAAUAGUUUUGUUUCAAUUCUUUUUUGAUUUUUUUUUUGAUGCAGAUCUCUCUUCGUCUCAAGGUCCUUUCUAUCUUCAUGAAUACUAGAGUUAUAUUAUGAGGCUAUAUAAUUACAAUUAUGCCUGUAGAUCCUCUAAUUAAUUAGCAAAAAUACUGAAAUCUUC